UCUCCUGUCUCUCCCUGCCGUGCAGCGUGUUUUGGGACCUGUACUGCGCAGCUCCCGAAAGGCGAGACACUUGUGAACAUUCGAGUGAAGCCAAAGCCUUUCAUGACUACAGCGCAGCUGCUGCCCCGAGUCCCGUGCUUGGAAACAUUCCCCCGAAUGACGGGAUGCCUGGGGGCCCCAUCCCGCCCGGGUUCUUCCAGGGACCGCCUGGGUCACAGCCCUCGCCACACGCACAGCCUCCACCCCACAAUCCUAACAGCAUGAUGGGACCCCACAGUCAGCCGUUCAUGUCGCCGCGCUACGCCGGAGGUCCCCGGCCCCCCAUCAGGAUGGGCAACCAGCCCCCGGGCGCUGUUCCCGGUACACAGCCAUUGCUGCCCAAUUCGAUGGAUCCCACGCGACAGCAAGGGCACCCUAACAUGGGCGGCCCCAUGCAAAGGAUGAAUCCUCCACGAGGGAUGGGCCCCAUGGGUCCCGGUCCGCAGAACUACGGCAGCGGCAUGAGACCUCCACCCAACUCCCUAGGUCCUGGCAUGCCUGGAAUUAACAUGGGGCCGGGCGCCGGUAGACCGUGGCCGAACCCCAGCAGUGCUAACUCAAUCCCAUACUCUUCUUCAUCGCCUGGUACAUACGUGGGUCCGCCCGGCGGCGGUGGCCCUCCAGGGACACCCAUCAUGCCCAGUCCUGCAGAUUCAACAAAUUCAAGUGACAACAUCUACACAAUGAUUAAUCCAGUACCGCCCGCAGGCAGUCGAUCGAAUUUCCCGAUGGGCCCCGGCUCUGACGGCCCCAUGGGCGGUAUGGGUGGCAUGGAGCCCCAUCACAUGAACGGAUCGUUAGGGUCAGGAGACAUAGAUGGACUUCCAAAAAAUUCUCCAAACAACAUAAGUGGCAUUAGCAAUCCCCCGGGCACUCCAAGAGACGACGGGGAGCUGGGAGGCAACUUUCUCCAUUCCUUCCAAAAUGACAAUUAUUCCCCCAGCAUGACGAUGAGUGUGUGAUUUCCCUCCCCCUCCUCCUCUCCAGGAUCAAGAGAGUCAGCUGCCGUUCGGAGGAUCUCAACGAAUUAUGCAAGAAGAAGAAGAAGAAGAAGCUAGGUGUAUGGGCAGGGACACGCGUGGCGGGGGCCAAAACCCCAGGUUUAGUUUCAUGCAAUAAAAAGGCUGAACUUUUUAUUCCAUAAAACAUGAAGGACAAAACUUAAAAUAUUUCAAGACAUGACAAGACCCUUCUUUGUGCAGAAGGGUUUAUAUAUGUACAUGACACUUCUUUUUGGAAACAAACGGAAGCCUCUAGCACCCAACUCCGAUCUCUUUGCUUUGUUCUUUUAAAUAAAGACAGAAACCGAACCUGUUGUAUGUUUGUGCCGUGCGACACCAGGAAGCUAGUCUAGAUAUAAAAUCAUGUUGUCUCUGUUGUAGUCAUUUUUUUAAAUAAACUGGACAGUUUACAAUGGU